GUACCUCGGGGUUAACAAAGCAACGCACGACGACGAUCAAGCUCGCUAUGUCGUCAUGUUUGCGAUGCAGCGGGUGAUGGAGCGAUUCGCAGACGGAUGCUCCCAGGAUGCUGACGGAACAGCGCCAGUGCUUAGUCGUGACAUGUAGUUGGCGUUGCCGCAUCUAGUUAACGGAGCAGAGCACAGCUCGCGGGGGAGGCGUGCCGCAGGCGAGCUCUCUUCGUAUGCAAUUUAACAGCAGCCCGGCCUGCCAGCCCGACUGUCAAGUCUUGCAAGCGGCGACUACUUGGCCGGCGCAAUUUGCCGAGUCAGCUACACACGGUGGAUUCCUCCUCGCGUUGGUGGUGCCCGAGCAGGAUGCCAGGAGCAUCGUGUGUCGUGAGCGAGACGCGGACGGGCACGCCCCUGAAACAGCGGCCACGCAAUGCGUGAGCAACACCAUGACUGACAGGUGCAGCGUGUCAGUUGCGGACACGGGGGCUGGCGACGCUCUGUGCUGCACCACUGUUUGCUUCUGGAGCAGCUGCGUGGGAAAGCUGGAGAAGUGCUGUGCCACUAGCAGCGGCGCGUUGGAUCGCGUGGUGUUGUUUACCACACAACCGCGUCGGGCAAGGCGCCAUCGUUGCAGCGGGCGCUUGUCGAAAGGAGACGACGGGACAAGAUUCGAGAACGCAGCCGGCGCAGAGAGCGGCUCACUGCAGGCCCGGCCGUACACAGUCGAUUGGCCGGGAGGCAGCAUCGCUCCCGCGACUGUGGUCGUUGGACGGCCCCGUUGGAAUGCGCUCCGCCCGAGCCCCCAAAAGUUAAUACCGCUGGUGGAACCGCUUGGCUUCUCACCAACAUCCUUUCCUUUCCACCCGACGAUUCCUGUGCCAGCGCGGCCACGGCGCCCCUUUGCUCCGACUGCUGCGCCAGACGCCGUCGCUUUCAUUCCUUACGCUUUGAUUCUGUAGCCCGCGGCGCCUGCACUGCCCACGCCCAUGGGCCUGCGCGCCGCCCACCUGCCCGUUUCCUCACCACCGCGCUUCGUUGGCGCUGUGCUCCACCCCAUUCACACGCGAACUCUGCAGCCGUAGCUGGGCUGCACCGCACUUCCGCCUCCACCACU